AUGUUACAGGCAAUCAAAUACAGCAAGGGAAAGCUGGAGAUCCUUGAUCAAUUGCAGCUUCCUUUUAUCGAGAUAUUUAUUCCUAUUCGAUCCACAGAGGAUGGAUGGUACGCUAUCAAGGACAUGAAAGUUCGAGGCGCGCCCGCCAUUGCGAUUGUCGCGAUGCUUGCACUUGCCUCAGAAUUGACAUCUGCCCUGGAGGGUAGCAUGAUUCCUCGGUCGGCGGAAGAGAUGUGUCAAUACAUUUCUACCAAGCUGGCGUACCUGGUGACCAGCAGACCAACCGCGGUCAACCUAAGCGACGCUGCUCGCAAACUGGAAACCCUAGUUCUGAACCGCGCCAAGAUAGCGGAGUCCCGUGGCAGUGAUGUUGCGCAUACAUUUAUACAGGCGGCGGAAGCGAUGCUGGGCGACGACUUGAAGGACAAUCAAAGAAUCGGCCACAAUGGUGCAGAAUGGAUCGCGAAGUACGCUGUCAAGCCGGGCCACUCUCAGGUUGCUGUAUUGACACACUGCAAUACCGGAUCCUUGGCCACGUCGGGAUACGGUACUGCAUUGGGUGUGGUCCGUUCGCUGGCCGCAAACAACACUCUACAACAUGCCUAUUGCACGGAAACAAGGCCUUACAACCAAGGGUCUCGCCUGACGGCCUUUGAGUUGGUUCACGACGGAAUCCCAGCUACUCUCAUCACAGAUUCCAUGGCAGCCGCGUUACUUGCGAGUGCCGAGGCGGGAGUGGGUGCGAUUAUUGUGGGUGCUGAUAGGGUGGCAGCUAAUGGGGAUACGGCAAACAAGAUUGGCACGUAUGCGUUGGCUGUCUUGGCCAAGCACCAUGGUGUCAAGUUUCUAGUGGCCGCGCCGCGUACUACCAUUGACCUGGCCACGAAAUCAGGGCGCGAGAUUGUCAUUGAGCAAAGGCCAGCAUCCGAGGUAACCAGCAUCAAAGGACCUCGAAGCGAUGCUGAGAGCAUCGACGGUGCGUCCAUUGAGAGCGUACAGAUUGCGGCACCGGGAAUCAGUGUCUGGAACCCGGCAUUCGACAUAACUCCCUCGGCUCUGAUUGAUGGAAUUGUGACAGAGGUUGGUGUGGUAGAGAAAGGUGCCGAGGGGCAGUAUCACUUGGAUGGACUAUUUGACGCUCCGUCUGUCUGA